AUGACGUUAAGACUGGCUCCCACGUCUAUGACUCCCCAACCCGCCCUACAGCCGAAACGUCGAAACGAUCCCAAGGCAGUGCAAAGAAAUCACCGUGAAGAUAGACACGCUCCCCAAAGCUUCGAUGCAAGCUCAAGGCUUAUUCUCCUCGAAACGAAACCGAGAGAAAUCAUUCGUUUACUGAUCUGCCAGCAAUUCGGAGUCCCUCCGGCUCAAGGUGCGGGCGCCAAUGCACGACUUACUGGUCGUGGCGAUUUCGACAGCGGGUCUGGCUAUUAUGCUCCAGCAAAUGUCACGUCAAAUUGCAAACAGACCUCUCAACUGAAGGGGCACGAACUGAUUUGUAAUGCUGGGCAUUGCGCACAUAUUGAAAUCACCAUGACAGCCUAA